ACAGAAUGUUGGAAGUCGACAUAAUGUUGGAAAAAUGCGGCGAUUUCAGUCGGCAGCAGCUAAUCAUGCUGUUACUCUGUUCUCUGAUCAAUCUACUAUCAGCCAUGCAUUUCCGAUCGUACUCGAUCCUUAAUACUGUGCCCAAGUUUUGGUGUGCUGAUGGGCUGGACUCGGGGGCACCACCACCAAAAUAUUCCGACUGCAACCCAUUGUACACUAAUUCAACCAAUUCUGGUACCUGCAAAAAGUUCAACUAUGAGCAUUACAUGGGCUAUCAGAGUUUCGUCAGUGAAAUGAACUGGAUAUGCGAUGAAUAUUGGAAAAUUAACUGGGGAGACUCCGUGUUCCUUGCGGGCAGCUUGAUAGGCAAUCUAGUUAUGGGCUAUUUGGCAGAUAGAAUGGGUCGGGUGCCCAUACUUGUUCUGGCCAAUGUCAUAACCAUAUUGGGCAACUUUUUGACAAUCUUUGGCAUGAGUCUGGAACUUUUUUGUAUAUUUCGUUUUAUUACCGGCUUCGUCAUUAACAGCAACUUUUUUAUUAUUCGCAUUCUAAUUGUGGAAUAUAUGCGUCCGUCUUUGCGCACCGUUUGCCUGAACAUCUGCUUCGGUUUCAUUUUCUUUUUGGGCAUGGUAAGCACACCUUGGUUAGCAAUCCUCUUGGGUUCUUGGCGUCGUUUCAUGCUUCUCGAAAUGCUGUCAAUAAUUGUGGUGCCGAUUUUUUUUUAUUUUGUGCCGGAGAGCGUACAAUGGCUGAUCUCAAGGCAGAAAUAUGACGAGGCUAUAGCCUCCCUAAAGCGUGUGGCUAAAACUAAUGGCCGCCAAAUUGAUGACAGCGUCUUUGAAGAAUUCAUUAAGGACUGUCAAUUAAGUCAGCAAAGUACGAAGAAACACGCAAAUCUGCUUGACCUCUUCAGGACGCCGCGCCUACGCCGAACCUUUUUAAUAAUGUUGUUUGAAUUCAUCGUACUUCCCUACUACUGUAAACUCAUCGUAUAUUAUGUGCGUCGUUUUGAGAUUUCGCCGUUUGUAAUGUCCUCAUUGCGCGCAACUACUAUUCUGCCUGCUUGCUUGACGGGAAUUAUCCUGAAAGAUCGCAUAGGACGCAAGGCCUUGGCUUUGACAAUACGGCUCCUUAUUGUCCUUCUCCUCUCACUAUCAAGCGUCUUCGUCUCACACGCUGCUACUCGCUUACUAUUCACGUUCUUCGUAAUUGGGUGCAUUCUUUGCCACAUUUCCUUCCACUCAAAUAUCCAGUAUACCAUGGAGCUAAUUCCAACAUGUGUGCGUGGCCAGGCAUUGGGUGCUAUCAAUGAUGCAUUCCUUAUGUACAUAAUAUGCAUAAAAUACAUUUUGAACGUGCCUACAGUCUUCUUGCCGUUGCCGGAAAUCAUUCUGGGCGUCCUCAAUUUGAUGGGUGUCUGCUUUUGCUUGCUGUUGCCGGAGACACUGAAUCGCACGCUGCCCUGUUCAUUGGAGGAUGGCGAGAAGCUUGGCAUUGACGAGCAUUGGUACACAUUUGGGUGCAUAAAGAAGCGCACGCAGCCGGAAGAGCUUGAUAACUCCUUAGCACCAUGAAAUGCGAUAUAUGAAGGAAGCUGAGACUUACCGCUAACUCAAAGCUUUAAAUGACUGUAGUAAUUAAGUGAAUAUACAAAUUAAACAAAGUGAGAUGCGAUGCAAGUGCCACAAGUGCAGCGGUACUCUGGGAAGUUCUGGGAAGUUCCUGUUCGU